UUUUUUCUUGAUAGAAUUGGAAUCAAUGCUGUGUUUUUAAGUCUUACCAUCCUGUACUUACUUUCUUGUUCCUGAUGGGCUAAUUCUGGCUUCACUUUUGAGUGCUUUCUAUUUAGCUUGUCAAACAGCUUCAAUAUUGAAUUGUAUUUUUCCUGUAGGUAACUGCUAUAGAGCCCAUAACUAGUCCCGGAGGAGCCAGCGUGAGCCCUCAGCACCUACACCGGGCUCUGCAAGGGCUCUUUGGAGUGGCAGCGGUGGCAACAGAUGGUGGUCAUCUCCUUCUGGUGGACCUGUGUUUGGAUGAUCUCUCUUGCAGCCAGAGCGAAAAUGAACCGUCGGGUCUAACAGUUGCCACCAGAAUUGCUGCUGGAGUUCCACAAGGAAGAGAAACUGUGACCAGAGAAGGGAGACAUCUCUGCUUUCAACUGCAAAGCCCUUCAGGAACAGCAAUAUCGACCCCGUGCUACAUCAGCAGAAGCAACCAGCUCGCUGUGGGUUCUUCUGAUGGCUGCCUGUCACUGUGGGAUGUGAAAACUCUGAAGCAGGAGCACUGAUCUCAGCUUGAAGGAGGAAGGGUGUCUGUCUACGCUGUUACUUUUCAAGAGCCUGAGAAGGAUCCUCGCGAUUGUUGCUGCUUGUGGGCUGUUCAGUCUACACAAGAAAGUGAAGGCGAUGCUGUGAGUUUACACCUGCUGCGGUUAGAAUUCGGUGACAGGAGACGCUUGCCAUCAGGACAAGUCAUGUAUGAGCGUUUGGCAUCCUGUGUUGAAAAGUACAGUUUAGACCUCACGGGCAGAGCCUUUCCCUUGAGAGGGCAGAGCAGCAAGACCAAACUACUCAGCUGCCAGGCUGUAGAAAUCUUUCCCAACCACGUUGGCAGAGAAGAUAGUGUUGAUGAAGUCAUAUCUCCUGACACCAGUGUAUCGAUCUUCAGCUGGCAAGUGAAUACACGCGGUCAGGGAAAGCCAUCUACUUAUGUGGGUGUAUUUGACUUUGACUGCUGGUAUCAUGCUCAAAUGCCAGGCUCACUAAGGCCAGAAGAAUCCCUUCAGGACUGCCCCUAUUUUGCACGGUGGUCACUGGACACCGUCACAAGCAUGACUUCUCCCAACCACAUUUUGGAUAUUGUGGUGCAGGAGCGCAGCCUAAAUUGGACAGUUCCUCCUUCUUAUCCACUACCUGAGCAGUGUUUUCAUCCAAGCACCUAUAAAUUUGAUGGCACGUGCUUGCUGAGCUCUGGAGUUGUUCAUAUGACUUGCAGCGGGUUCCGGAAGGAGGUGAGCUUUUACUCUCUCUUUAUUGAGAAUGUCAAGAGAUGGACCUUUCCUAAGCUUUCUCUGGCGCUGCUUUCAGUGUCAGAGACCAUUUCAUGCUCCUCCUGCCCAUCCACACGCAUAACUGCAAUUGUACCCUGCCAGUUGUAGGGAAAUGGUG